UCUCUCUCAAUAAUUAGACAUUACACGACCACUCCGAUUUUGUUGCCUUGCUUUUGGAAGAGAAUAUCUACGCUGUCUAGUUAUUUUACCCUAGAGAACGCCUCCUUCUUAUAGUGGAGCUUGCUCUUUGAUUUUCCUUCUUUUCAUCUCAUUUUUCCCUUAUCUUGAUUUUGAUCUCUUGGUGAAGAGGCAGGAGAUAGAUGAUCAAAAGGUGUCGAUGGCUUCCUCUUCUUCUUCCUCAGCUGCUAAUUCUCAUCAUCAAAGGGUUAUGGAAAAGCCAAACCAAGAACUUCUUCAACAGCAACAAGAAGCUCUCAAGUGUCCUCGAUGUGACUCAUCAAACACCAAGUUCUGUUACUAUAACAAUUACAGCUUGUCUCAGCCUAGACAUUUCUGUAAAGCCUGCAAGCGAUACUGGACUCGAGGAGGUACCUUAAGGAAUGUUCCUGUUGGUGGAGGUUGCAGAAAAAACAAGCGUGUGAAGCGUCCUUCUUGUUCUUCUUCAGCUUCAGAAACUCAUCAUAAUAUUAAUAUUACUACACCUUCUUCUAAUUCUUCUUCUUCUUCUUCUUCUACUGUUGCUGGUGUCUCAGCUGUUUCAAACCCUCCUUCACAGUCUCGUCAGAUCGAUGUGGGUGCUUCCACCUCCAAUCACAUCAGUCCUUUAUUUUAUGGCAUGAAUCUUCCGUUUCCAAGGUUCAAUUCCAGUUCUGGGUUUGAUCAUCAUCAUCUUCAUCUUCAUCAACCUCAGAUUAAUCACCAUUCUCUUGGAUUAGAUUUCUCAGAUAAUGGUUACCGAAAUGGGUUUUCUUCAAAUCAUACACUUCUUUCAAGUUAUACCUCUUCCAUCUUUGCUAAUUCUUCUUCAACAUCCAUAACCACAUCCAGUACUGCUCCCCCUCCUUCUAUUAUGGCUUCACUGUUAAGCUCCUCGAAUCUGCAGCAACAAAAGUUCAUCAAUAGUGGGGCUGAUAACAGUACUUUUCAGGGGUUCGGACGAUUAGAAGAACUGGCAAUAGCAGGCAAUAAUGAUAAUAAUAGCACAAAUACAGCUUUAAAAGAAGUGAAGUCUGUGGUGGAAGAUGAAAACAGGUUUCUGGGGUGGCAAAAUAACCAGAUCGAUCAUCAAGCAGGCUUGUCUGAUCCUUCAUCACUUUACUGGAACGCUGCAACAGCUUUGGGUUCUACUUGGAAUGAUCAAACCAAUAUUGGUCCUCAGUCACUUCUCUCAUCUGAUCUACAAUAAUAUAACCACAGGAUCAGAUCCAUCAUUUUCAUCUUUGUCCUCUCUCUCUCUCUCUCUCUCUAGCUCUGCCUCGUUUGAAGUCAUCUUUUGGUCCUUUUCUUCAGCUUUAGCCUCUUAGAAUUUCGGUUAUUGAUUACUUUGGGAAAACUACUACUACUUCUUUUUCUUAAUCUGGGUCGUCAAAAUGUGGGUGUGGGUUUACUUAUUACACAAAAGAGAUCAAAAAAAAUGUUAGGGUGAAAGAUGAGAGGAGCAUGGAUCGGAGCGAUCAUGUCAGCUGCAAGUAUUAGUCUUCAGCCUGUAAGUUUUAUGAGUCAAGGUUGAGGAAUAUAUAUUGCUUAUUACAAUUGCGCUGAGAGGAACCUCGGAUCCUCUUCUCUCAUACCAGUGAUGUAUCUAUGGAGAUCAAAAGGAGAAGAUUCUAAUCAUUUUGCUGCAAUUUCUCCAUAUGAUCCAAUAAGUUAAUUAUAUUGGUCUUUGUCAUGUGUACAUAUGCAAUCACAUGUCCUUUAAUUCUUAUGAUCUUUUUCUUGAUUUCUAAUGUAGUUUGAUUGCUUAUUGGGUGGAAAUUAGUCUGCUGGGCUUUAUGUCUAAUCUAGCUAGGUAUAUGCAAUAUGGCAUGUUCUGAAUUUUGGUUUUAUUUUUGUUUGUU